AUGAGCCCACCACAACAACCCAACCGAGACCCCCUCGACGCAGACCUCGAGCUCCUCUUCCGCAGCCAACGCCCCCUCGACCUCGAACUCGCCCGCCAAGAAGCCGAAUCGCAACUGGAGCCGCUCCUGCACCGCCUCGCGGCCCUCGAGCGGCAACUCCACACGCUGCGCGCGCAAAAAUCCCACGCCACCGCCAGCUCGCUCUACCAGCGCGCCCGCCGCCGCAACCUCCUCUCCAGCAUCGCCAUCGCACAGCAGCAUUCCGCGCUCGCCGCCCUCUCGCGCCAAUCCGACGCGUUGCGCGACGAGCUCGCGCGCGAGACGGCCGCCCACGCCGCCGCCCGGCAGAAGUAUGCUGACCUCCGCGCCGCGUGUCCCGAGCGCGAGGAAGUCGCGUUGCUGCAAGCGCAGCUCGCGCAUGUGGAGGACCAGAAUGAGGCGCUGAGGCGGGCGGUGCCGCGCAGGCUUGGCGGCGACGCGCCGGAUGGGCGGAGCCAGUGGGUGUGCGAUGCGUAUAGGGCGAUCGAGGGGCUGUUGGAUGAUCUGGAGGUCAUGUGUGGGAGGGCGUGCGAGGGCGAGGCGAAGCGUCUGGCGAAAGGGUAUCAGGAGCUUUUGAAGGUGAAGUUGGAGAAUGGGGGUGCGGAGUGGCAGAUUGCUAGGUUGAUUGAGAGUGCGCAUGAGGAGGCGGAGAGGGCGGGGAGGGGCUUGCCCCUGGCGGCGGUUUGUGCGGAGGUGUGGUUGGAGACGGUGGCAGCGGGGAGGGAGAAGAGGAAGGCGAGGUUCGAGGGGGUGUUGAAUUACGAGCCGAGCUCGUUGAGGUUCGCGAGGAGGCAUCAUGUGAGGUCUAGCCCAUUUGGGGGUUUGUAG